GGACAACCGGGAGCUAUUCUUGGGAUUAAAUGCAAAUAGGCUCCCAGUCGCACACUACUUGACCGUAUCGGUUUCCGAUUGGGAAAGGGGGAUCCUUAACCCAAACGAGAAUCCAUGAUGUAUCUUAUUUUAGUUUUCCUUUUGUAUUUGAUAAGGCCCCCCCCGGGUGAAAACGAGUUGGUAGAGUGGAAAAAAUCAGGCUUGCUUGCUUUUUGAGAGGUAGACGACUUGGGCAGAAAGCUAUCUUUUUCCCAUGUCUUUUUUUGUCAACAACAAACCACCAUAUAUAGUAUAGUCAAAAAACACACUAGUCCUACAUCCUACAGGCUUUUCGGAGUUCAGUCUGUAUGGAGGAUACGUUUUUUUUUAUGAAUCAAUCAUGCCUCAACUGGAUAAAUUCACUUAUUUCACACAAUUCUUCUGGUCAUGCCUUUUCCUCUUUACUUUCUAUAUUCCCAUAUGCAAUGAUGGAGAUGGAGUACUUGGGAUCAGCAGAAUUCUAAAACUACGGAACCAACUGGUUUCAAACCGGGGGAACUACAUCCGGAGCAAGGACCCCAACAGUUUGGAAGAUAUCUUGAGAAAAGGUUUUAGCACCGGUGUAUCCUAUAUGUACUCUAGUUUAUCCGAAGUAUCCCAAUGGUGUAAUGCCGUCGACUUAUUGGGAAAAAGGAGGAAAAUCACUUUGAUCUCUUGUUUCGGAGAAAUCAGUGCCUCACGAGGAAUAGAAAGAAACAUAUUAUAUAAUAUCGCGAAGACCGUAUAUGGCACUUCUUCUCCUUUUCCUGGAUGGAAGAUCACUUGUAGUAAUGACUACAUGCUAAUCUAUGUUCCAUGCGGCCAAGAAAUAAUAAUAAAAUAAAAAAGGUAUUGCUUAUAAUAUAAUAGUUGCUCGUUCGUUCACGACCACUUGUUUGUAAUUUGUGGGAAAAACUCUCAAAUAUUUUCAUUCAUCUACUGUACAUAUAUACAACUUGCUUCGUAGAUACUCGAACUGGUCUUGUUUGGUGAAAAUGUCUGCAAGUUGCUCCUUUGUCCAUAUCUUUGUUGGCAUGACUUCCUUUGAGUCCACUCGCUCACGCACAAAAUAACAAUCCAUCUCCACUCGUUCGUUCAUGGAAGACUGGAUUUCUGGUGAUAUGCAAGGCCGCUUGUUUGUCACAGUACAGCACAGUUGCUUUCUGUUGUUUCGCACCAAGCUCUCUCAGUAGCCAUCUAAGCCAUAUCAGCUCACUCACUGUAUUAGCCAUGGCCCGGUACUCAGACUCAGCCGAAGACCUCGACACCACACUCUCUUUCUUCGUGGGCCAAGAAAUGGGCGAGCCUCCAAGCUUCACUAUAUACCCGAGGAAGGCCUAUUUAUGGGACAUCUUCCCCAGUCACAAUAAGCUUCCAGCUCUAAAGGCCCAUCACUCCUGAGCAAUAUACCUUGUCCAGGUGUAGCCUUUAACUUAGAAUUCUCUCGACAGCAUUCAUAUGCAUUUGUUUGGGCGCCGAAGAAAACUGACUCAACGUGUUGACAGCAUAUACAAUGUCUGGUCUGGUCACUGUCAGAUACAUCAACUUCCCUAUGAGUUGUCUGUACCUACUACCAUCAGCAUCCUUAUUGUCUUCGAUAUCUUUGGCGUCUUCUUCCCCUAUUAGUCUAAGGCCUCGCUUCCUUCAUCUUCAUCUUUCUCCUUGUCCCCACCUUUCUUAGGAAUUACCAGCCUACAGCUCCAUGGGAAAUUCACAUGGCCGACACCCCUCCAUUCCUACCUCCCUUAACAAAUCGAGGGUGUACUUUCUCUGACUCAACACCAUCCCUCGUGAUGACCUUGCCACUUCAACACCAAGAAAAUACUUCAACGGUCCCAGAUCCUUGAUGGUAAACUCCUUGUCCAGGUACCGCUUUAUUUCGUUGAUCUUAUCGAUGUGAGUCCCAGCAAGAAUCACGUCGUCCACAUAGAUAAGAGCAAGGAUGAACAUUGAAUCAUGAUUGAAAAUCAUCAUCGAGUGGUCUGCCCUCGAUUGGACAAAGCCAAUGCCUUUCAGUGCCGAACUUCUGGUACCAAUUUCGAGAGGCUUGCUUUAAGCCAUACAGUGACUUUUUAAGUCUGCACACUCUGCUAUCACCUUCCUUGGCAAAUCCCUCCGGAAUCUUUAUGUAAAUUUCUUCAUCCAAGUCUCACCAUGCAAAAAUGCAUUAUUCACUUGGUGUACAAACCAGUUUCGUUUCACUGCUACAGCCAACAACGUCCUCACAGUCACCAAUUUCGCAACUGGUGAGAAAGUCUCAUGAUAAUCCACUCCUUCUUCCUGCCCCUCGCAACCAACCGCGCUUUGAACUUGUCUAGAUCCCCUGUAGGCUUGUAUUUGACCUUAAAAACCCAUUUCGAGUCUAUGACAUUCCGACCUGGUGGGAGCUCCUCCAAGGUCCAUGUCCCAUUUUGUUCUAGUGCCUCUACUUCUUUUCCCCUUAUCUGAUAGGGCUUCCCUCCAAUGCUCGUGUUGAGCUGCUUCUUUGAAGUUCCGUGGUUCCUGUAUACGGUCUAUUGCAGCCAUGAAGGCUUUAUGAGCUGAGGAAAAUCUGUGUGUGGUUUGAAACAUAGUUGGCCCCUGAGUUAAUAGGGGUGUGCAGUGCUGCAACUCGCACUCUCUCUGUUCUCAUCGUGUAAGAGCGAAGAUGGAAGUUCUCAUAAUCGUUGAGAUGCUUUGCCCCUUGUACGUUGACUUCUCUGUCCCUCAUUUCGGCCUACUACCUCCUCUCGCAUUAUUGGGCUCAUUCUCCCUUAUUUCUUCCUCGUCGUUUCCACCAUCCGGCCCACUUUGCUCAACAGGCCCAUCUCUUCCAGUUGGCCCUAUGACGUCGGACCCACUACUAUCUUCAUCCCAACUCCACUGAAGACCCAAGUUCUCGCCUUCCAUUCGAUCCAAGCGGGAAAUUCUUCCUCAAAGAAGGUAACGUCCCUUGAUACACAUAUCUUCUUCCUCUCCAUAUCAAAUACUCGAUAACCCGAUUGGAUAGCCAAUGAAGAUCUUCUCCCCCUUACCUCGAACUUAUCUGAGUUGGUCAAAUCAUGUGCAUAAGCUAGACACCCAAUGGUUCUGAGAUGCCCAUACCGAGCCUUCUUCCCUGUCAAAAUCUCGAAUGGCACCUUGUUCCCAGUGGCCUUUGUUGGUAGCCUGUUAAUAAUGUGUACAGCCGCCAAAACUCACUCCAAAACUCCUUUGGCAAGUUCGCAUGUAUUCUCAACGUGCGUGUCAUCUCAACUAUGUACCUGUGCUUUCGCUCAACCACACCGUUUUGUUGCGGUGUGUAGGCGCAAGAUGUUUGCAUCAUUAUCCAUCCCUUUGUCUUCAUAAAACUUUAAUAACUCAAGUGACUUGAACUCCGUCCCAUUAUCUGUUCUUAUUUGCUUAACCUUCCCAUUAAAUGGAGUCUCUGACAUAUUCAAAAAGGAUAUCAAUAAUUUACUGACUUCGGACUUGUGUUUCAUCAUAUAUACCCAAGUUACUCUGCUAAAGUCAGAAACUAUAUAUAGUGAGGCUUGAAGACCUGUUAUUGAAGGUAUUCUAUACGGACCCCAAACAUCGCAAUGAAUUAAAUCAAAACAAAAACUGCUUUUUAUUGAACUGUCUCCAAAGGGCAAUCUAGUGUGCUUUGCCUUAUUACAAGAAUCACAAAACUCCAUUUUAUCAUAACAACAAUUGACUAACUUCAUUUUCUCCUCUGAGGCGUGCCCAAGUCUCCAAUGCCAUAGCUUCAACUCCUCGGGUUUCUUCACCAUCAACGCCAUUCCUCCACCUUGUCUCGACUCCAGGAUGUAAAGACCAUCAUAGUACUUCCCCAUCCUUUAUCUGAUAGGGCACUCUGUUCGUACGAAGGUCCAAAAUUAUGCACAAGUCCUUAACAAAAACCACAGCAAAAUCAUCAUCAUGAGUGAGUCUGCCCACUGACAGCAAAUUACACUUCCAAUCUGGUAUUUUCAAAACAUCUUUGAGCAAGAACCCAUUCCGUAGUUCUAAAUCUCCUGAGGCUUUAACAAACAGGAAAGUAGUUUAGUUAUAGGGGCCAUUUGGUAUUUGUACAGGCAGAUGGUUACUCCAUUUUUCAUUGAGCAUGGGCUUAUCUUCACAAACUAUAUGUUCAUUCGCACCCGAAUCUAUCACUUUAUCAAAGCAAAGUUAGUUGUGCACUUACCUGCCAUAUUUGCAACUGCUUGCUUCGAUUGUCCAGUUGUUUGAGAAUCUCUCUUGCCUUCGGCCUCACCGUUCAGUGUCUGCAUUAGGCGUUCAUAUUGUAUGGCUGUGAGUCCAGGUAUUGGGCUCUCGCUUGUGUUCACAUACGCUGCUCUCGGCCCGCUUCGCUUAUCACCCCACGAUCCAUUUCUGUCUCUUUUAUCUCUAUUGGGCUUCUUCCAAUCUGCAGGAUACCCAAUCAAUUCAUAGCACUUGUCCUCAGUGUGGCCCAGCUUACUGCAAUGCCCACAUCGAGGUUUUUCUUUUCUUCUGUCUUUCCGAUCAUCGAACCCUCUCGCCCUAGACUAAUAAGCGCUCGCCCCCUAUCAAAUAAAGCCUGAAACGCCCCUAUCAAAUAAAGCUUCUGGAUUGGCUCUCUGCAUAAUGGAUAUAUGUCUCUCUUUCUCAUCCUCUGAGACGAGAUGAUAGGCCGCCCCCAGACUCAUCAAGGGCUUCGUACUCAGUAUGUGAGUUUUCACUGUGCCGAAUUCUUCAUCUAGCCCCUAUCAAAUAAGGAAAAUCAUAGAGCUGAUCCCCUCAUCUACAUAGCCCUGCUUUCUUCGAUCUGCUUUUCAAUUCCGCAUGUGCACUUACCGCAAGCGCAUCUUGGGGGAGGAGUUAUUUGUCGUGCCUCAUCCCAAAACGCCUUGAGCUUGGUAUAGUAGACUGCUACGGGUUGUUUGUUCUGCCGUAGGUAUGCGAUGUCUCGCCGGAUCUCAUAUGCCCGCGGCGCACUUCCUUGUCCAAAACGAUCACUAAGGUCCAUCCAUAUUUCCCUUGCCGUCUUAGCAUAU